AUGACUGAAUCAGGAGCUAGAUUUUUACACGUUGGAGAUAUCGCAUCUCUAUAUGCAGAAGGGACGGUCUGCGGAUUUAUUUGCACAUUAGGCUUAGUUGAUGACCGAUGUGUGGUGCAGCCAGACGCUGGUGAUUUGGCAAAUCCCCCAAAAAAAUUUCGGGAUUGCUUAUUUAAGAUAUGUCCAAUGUCACGCUACUCAGCACAAAAGCAAUUCUGGAAAGCCGCUAAACCGACAUUAUCUUCUGCUACCGAUGCUGUAUUACUUAAAAAGUUACACGACGAUGUACAGCGUAUUCAAACAAUUUUUAUCACCUGCAAGUAUUCAAUAUGUAUGAGUAUGCAUGUAUUAUAUUACAUACCGUAUGUCUGCGCUUCUGACGAGGAAGCAUCUCAUUUCUUAUCAAGUCAUGCAGCAGAAAUGGAAAAGAAACAAAAUGAACAAGAAUACGGAAAACUUCUUGGUACGACAAUUCAGUACGGAAAUGUAAUUCAGCUGUUGCAUCUCAAGAGUAAUAAAUACUUAACCGUCAAUAAGCGCCUGCCGGCUUUAUUGGAAAAAAAUGCUAUGAGAGUCACAUUAGACACUAACGGGAACGAAGGAUCAUGGUUCUAUGUGGUUCCAUUUUACAAAUUACGGAGUGUUGGCGAUAACGUGGUUGUCGGGGACAAAGUUAUAGUUAACCCAGUUAAUGCUGGACAGCCACUGCAUGCAAGCAACCAUGAACUAGUAGACAAUCCUGGUUGCAAGGAGGGUGAUGUAAUACGCUUAUUCCAUGCGGAACAAGAAAAAUUUCUUACCGCAGAUGAUUACAAAAGUAAAAUGCAUGUGUUUUUACGUACCACAGCACGUGCAUCGGCGUCUUCUGCCACAAGUUCGAAAGCGCUGUGGGAAGCAGAGGUCGUUCAGCAUGAUCCUUGUCGUGGAGGUGCUGGACGUUGGAAUAGUCUAUUUCGUUUUAAACAUUUGGCUACUGGAAAGUAUUUAGCCGCUGAGAUCGAUCAUGAUCCAACUCCAGAUGUUACUCGCGAAAAAUUACGAGGCUCUGCUGGUGGACCUGUAUAUCAUUUGGUUGCUGUACCGCAUGGUCAUGAUAUCGCGUCAAUCUUUGAAUUAGAUCCAACAACGCUACAACAUAGUGAUGCGCUGGUUCCAAGGAGCUGCUACGUAAGGCUACGACAUUUAUGCACGAAUACUUGGGUGCAUAGUAGUCAAAUUGCUUAUGAUAGUGAUGAAGAUAAGCCGGUUAUGCUGAAAGUAGGAACGGCAAGUAUUCGUGAAGAUAAGGAAGCAUUUGCAAUUGUUCCAGUGCCCGCAUCAGAAGUCCGAGAUCUCGAUUUUGCUAACGACGCCAGCAAAGUACUCGCCGAUUUUGCAAGCAAAGUAGAAAAAGGCACUUUUUCACAAACUGAAAGACGCUUUGUGACGCAGUUACUGACGGACGUAGUAUAUUUUAUUGUCGAUAUGGAACCCGUUGGAGAUGCGCUAUCUGUCACCACUAAUAAACCUGAUAGAGAAAGGCAGAAAUUAACUCGAGAACAGAAUAUAUUGGAACAGGUAUUCCGACUACUCAAGGCCCCUUUUUCGGACAUUGGUACAGGAUGUCUACUCAGAAUGGAGGAAUUAGCAGACCAAAGGCAUACUUCUAUUAGACAUAUUUGUAGGCUGUCCUAUAGAAUUCUGAGACAUUCACAACAAGAUUAUCGAAAAAAUCAGGAAUACAUUGCCAAACAAUUUGGAUUUAUGCAACAACAAAUCGGAUAUGACGUCCUUGCUGAAGACACCAUUACUGCGCUGUUACACAAUAACAGAAAAUUACUUGAAAAGCAUAUUACAGCAAAAGAGAUUGACACCUUUGUAAACCUAGUCCGUCGUAAUAAAGAGAUCAUCAAUGAAGAAUCCGAUAGCAAAGUGUAUCUCUGCUCGCGUGACGGUAAUUUCAGUAAAAGCCAAAGAGAUCUAGCACAAGGAGCCCAUGAAGGAAACAGGGAAGACAUCGAACUUUUGAAGUACUACCGAUACCAAUUAGAUUUAUUCUCGCAAAUGUGUCUGGACCGCCAAUACUUGGCUAUCAAUAGUCUUUGCAAACAAUUAGAUAUCGACCUUAUCCGUCGGUGUAUGUCGGAUGAAGCUUUACCCUGCGAUCUUCGGGCUUCUUUUACUCGUUUGAUGUUACAUAUGCACGUAGACCGCGAUCCUCAAGAGCCUGUAACCCCUGUUAAAUACGCCCGUUUGUGGGCUGAAAUACCGACCAAAAUAACUAUUGAAGAAUACGAUAAGUCUUUAAUGGAACAAAAAGUAAAAGAAGAUAUGACUUCGAAAUUUGCAAGCACGAUAAAAUUUGUAGAAGCUGCACUCCCAAAUCCGCAGUGGCCGAAUAGUGUAAUAAAAUCUAUUCAUGGUGUAGGAUCUGUUAUGACUAACAUUAUCGUUGGUAAUAAUGCGAGUACGAAUCGAAGAGACGCACCAGCUGCAACACACGAAAUGGUCUCGCAAGUUGGUAGCAUAGGGAAAACUAAAUCAGAAGACGUACUCGUCAUGAAUACGAAAUUGAAAAUAAUUGAAAUUUUGCAAUUUAUUAUGGACGUCCGUCUGGACUACCGGAUUUCUUGCUUAUUAUCGAUGUUUAAACGAGAGUUUGGGGAGAAAGGCGCUACGACAAAUAGUGUUGCAGGAACCACAAAACCAGAUGGUUGUGGUGGUCGAACUUUUCUUCGAGUUCUGCUGUAUUUGACUAUGCACGAUUACGCUCCGUUAGUGUCUGGUGCAUUACAAUUGCUUUUUAGACACUUCAGUCAACGACAAGAAGUACUCCAGGCUUUUAAACAGGUUCAAUUACUAGUAUCGAAGAGCGAUAUUGAAAAUUAUAAACAAAUCAAGCAGGAUCUAGAUCAAUUGCGACUUCUAGUUGAGAAAUCAGAGUUAUGGGUAUUUAAAAGCAAGAGUAACGCUAAAGGUGACAAGAAGAAAAAGUCUAAGACAGACUCAAAGAAAUCUGCUGAAAAGGAGAAUAACAACGCCAAGAACCAAGAAAAGAACAAGGCAAAUGAUAACACAGAUGUUAAUCUAGAAAAGAACAUACAAGCUAUUAUAGAAAAGAAUGCUGCGCUGGGAAGAUACCCUUCUAUCGACUUGGAGCAAUCCUUUGGCGACAAUGAAUCAGUUCAGAACUAUUCCAAAAUUCAACAGAUUCUGGAACGGUUAAGUAAAUUAUGUAUAUCUGAAAGUACGAAUAAAAAUCGAAAACAUGAACAACGGUUGCUAAGAAAUCUAGGCGCACAUACGGUGGUUCUAGAACUCUUACAGAUCCCGUACGACAAGUUACUGGAAGCAGAAACCGCACGGAGUAUCUUUCUGAAUAACUCUAAUCUUUGUAACGAAAUAACCGAGAGGGUUGUACAACAUUUCGUCCACUGCAUUGAAACGCACGGUCGACACGUGCAAUAUUUAAAGUUUUUGCAAACGAUCGUUAAGGCGGAAAGCCAGUAUAUUCGUAAAACACAAGAUCUAGUAAUGGCUGAGCUUGUUAACGUCGGGGAAGAAGUACUAUUAUUUUAUAACGAUAAAGCGUCUUUUGAUGGGUUCAUUGAAAUGAUGAGAUCGGAGCGUGAACGUUUUGAAGAUAGCGGGGCUUUGUCGUACCAUAUUAAUCUUGUACAUCUGUUGGCAUGUUGUACAGAAGGAAAGAAUGUUUAUACCGAAAUCAAAUGCCACAGUCUGCUUCCCUUGGAUGAUACAGUUAAAAUUGUGUGUGACCAAGACUGCUUGCCUGAGGUCAAAAUUGCAUACAUUAAUUUCUUAAACCAUUGCUACGUCGACACCGAAGUGGAAAUGAAAGAAAUUUAUACUAGCCAUCAUAUGUGGACUUUGUUCGAAAAUUUCUUAAUAGAUAUGGCUUUGGUAUGCCAAUCAAUCGAUCGUAGACAUGCAGAUUUACGGCUAGAAAAAUAUGUUACUGAAACUAUAAUGACGAUCAUAACAUCUUUCUUUAGCUCACCAUUUUCAGAUUCUAGUACAACUCUACAGACACGCCAACCUAUAUUUGUUAAAAUUUUACAAGGAUCAUAUCGCGUGUCUUUAUGUCGAUGGCUUAAUGGUCAACAAAAGUAUCAUGUGGAAACUUGUAUCAGAGUAUUAGCAGAAGUCGCAAAAAAUCGUGGUAUAGCUAUACCUGUAGAUCUAGACAGCCAGGUCAACGCAUUAUUUAGCAAAUCCUUAUUGGCAAUGAAGAGUACAAAACAAUGGAUCAGCCAUAGCAAAAACCGUCGUGAUUCCAUCAAUUCUCAAAAUCGAGAUUAUCGAAACAUUAUCGAAGGAUUGCAAGAUAUUGUUAGCCUCUUUGAAGACCAGUUGCAGCCGUUAGUAGAUGCAGAAAUGUCAGUACUAGUCGAUGUACUGUAUCGGCCCGAGUUGGUAUUUCCUGUACAAACUGAAGCUAGAACCCAGUGUGCCAAUGGCGGCUUCAUAUCAAAGCUGAUUCAACAUACGAAGAAGUUAUUGGACAAAGGUGAAGAGAAUUUAUGCUUGAAAGUCCUACAAAUUUUAAGAGAGAUGAUGACUGUCGACGUUGGCUUUAAUAACAAGGGAGAAGAAUUACGUAACAACUUAUUAAUUAGAUACUUCGGAAAGAAUUUUCGUAGGCCGAGUAUUGAUGGCAGUCUGAAACUAACAAGUAAUGGUGAAAUUUCAACAGGAAAUAAUAGUAGAGCCCACGGUGUUAUUUCGUUAGGAAAGCCGAAAAUGGAUCGAAUCUCUGUUCAUGUUGAUUCUCAUCCCGGAAAUGUAAAGCUGUCCCGAAUUGACAUGACCCUUUGCCAGAUUCAAUGUCAGCUUGAUAAAAACGGGGCGUCUGAUCUAGUGAUUGAUCUUGUAAUGACGAGUAUCAGUCGUCGAGUUUUCUUAGAAAGUAUAGAGCUUGGAAUUGCUCUUUUGGAAGGAGGAAAUAGUGUUAUACAGGCGUCCUUUUUUGACCGAUUUUGCCAAUCGAAAUCCGAAGCCUUUUUCAAAUGCAUUUGCGAUAGAAUGAAAGAAGCGCAAUUAGAAAUAAAAAAUAGUAUUAGCUUAAUGACUACCGACCAAGUUACUGAUGGACAAAAGUCAAACUACGGCACUCAAGGCAAUGGUAGUAACACUAGAUCUUCUGGUCAUAAUUUAUCUAGUAGUAGUGGAGCAGUUUCAUCAGAAAUGUUAGCCGGAACGGGAGUCCAAAAUUUAAAAAGUGAUGCGAAAAAAGCCAUGAUGGCGCCUGAAAUAAUGUGCAUGGGUCCGAUUUUACGCUUCUUGCAGUUACUAUGUGAAAACCACAAUCUAGACUUACAGAACUAUAUUCGGAAGCAGGAUAAUAAGACCAACUAUAACCUUGUUCUGGAAGCGUUGCAAUUUUUAGACUGUAUUUGUGGCAGUACCAGUGGGGGUUUAGGGCUUCUCGGCUUGUACAUCAAUGAGCAUAAUGUUGGUCUUAUUAAUCAGUGCCUAGAGAGCUUAACAGAGUAUUGUCAGGGUCCUUGUCACGAAAAUCAAAACUGUAUCGCAUCGCAUGAAUCUAACGGAAUUGACAUCAUAACUGCCCUCGUUUUAAAUGACAUUAAUCCACUUGGAAAACAUCGCAUGGAUUUGGUGCUGGAGCUUAAAGUUGAUGUUUGUCGACAAGCCUACAAACAAGGAAUGAGUGAAAGAGCAAAAAUUGAUAUUGGUGAAGACGAUGAAGAAAACCAAAUUUCACCACUGGAAGUCGGACAUAAUAUAUUUAUCCUUGCGCAUCAGUUGGUUCAGCACAAUAAAGACCUGCAGUCGCUGCUAAAAAGUGAUCCAGAGGACGAAGUUGUAAAUGCCCAGGAAGGAGCUCUACAGUACUACGCCUCGCAUACCGCCCAGAUUGAGAUCGUGAGACAAGACCGUACUCUGGAAAGGAUUGUUUUCCCGGUGCCUCCAUUAUGUGAAUAUUUAACAGAAGAAACUAAGAACAGAGUAUACCAUACAGCUGAACGAGACGACCAGGGCAGUAAGAUUUCAGAUUUCUUUCUAAAGGGAGAUGAUAUGUUUGAGGAAAUGCAGUGGCAGAAGAAACUAAGAAGUCACCGAAUAUUUUUUUGGUUUAGCAGCCAAAUGACUGUUUGGGGAAACAUUUGCUUCUACUUUGCUGUCCUAAUUAAUCUUUUCGUAGCUUUUUUUUAUCCCUUUUCAGUCAAUACUCGAGAUCUGGAUCCCAGGUUGUCGCUUUUAGUGUGGACUGCAAUGAUAAUUUCUUUAGCAGUAAUUCUUACUGCACCCCGUCCAUCUGGCAUUCGAACGUUUAUUGGCUCGACUAUCUUACGCCUAAUAUUUUCAGUAGGACUAGAUGCGACAGUGGCGUUGCUAGGAUUGCUAAAUGUAACGGUCAAGAUUACGUUUAUGGUAAGUUGGCUAGCCAACAAAGGAAAGAUCUCGAAAGGAUACUGGCAGCUACUAAGCGACGUAGAAUUAAUAUAUCACCUAGUUUAUUUAAUUAUUUGCAUCCUGGGCUUAUGCGUUCAUGAAUUCUUUUAUAGCUUAUUGUUAUUCGACGUGGUCUAUCGGGAAGAAACUCUCAUUAAUGUGAUAAAAAGCGUAACUAGAAACGGCCGUUCAAUAUUACUGACAGCUCUGCUUGCCUUAAUUUUGGUUUACUUAUUUUCAAUUGUUGGAUUCCUGUAUCUUAAGGAUGACUUUAUAAUAGAAUCUGAACAGAGAGUUAUUAAAAAGGCCAAAAAUAGUUCUUCUGGCUCUUGCCCCGAUGGUAGUUGUAAAGAAGCCCCUGUUAAUGGCAAGAAGACUUUAACUAGCCUUCUUUUGCAUAACGAUCGCAAUAUAAAAUUUGCCACAGUUAUGAAAGGGCAAGAGGACGACGAUGACGAAAUAGAAUACGAUUCGGAUAAAGAGAGAGCUUGUGACACAUUGUUGAUGUGCAUUAUCACUACUUUGAACCAGGGUCUCAGAAAUGGUGGUGGUAUAGGCGAUGUUCUUAGAAAGCCUUCUUCAAGAGAGCCUCUUUUUGUCGGCCGCGUUGUUUACGACCUCCUUUUCUUCUUUAUUGUUAUUAUCAUCGUGUUGAAUCUCAUCUUUGGUGUAAUCAUCGACACUUUUGCUGAUUUGAGAAGUGAGAAACAGCAGAAAGAAGAAAUUCUGAAAAAUACAUGCUUUAUCUGCGGUCUCGACAGAGCAAACUUUGAUAAUAAAUCAGUCACUUUUGAGGAACACACAAAAGAAGAACACAAUAUGUGGCAUUAUUUGUACUUCAUUGUAUUAGUCAGAGUUAAAGAUCCAACUGAAUUUACCGGUCCUGAAAGUUAUGUAUACGAAAUGAUAAAGCGCCAUGACUUGGACUGGUUUCCCCGGAUGCGAGCUAUGUCACUCUCAGUCGAGGAAAUCGACAGUGAGCAAAACGAACUGAGAAACUUACAAAAUCAGUUAGAGGCAACCAAUACUCUAGUCCUUAACUUAUCUCAACAGCUCAAUGAAUUGAAAGAUCAGAUGAUGGAACAGAGAAAACAAAAGCAAAGGAUUGGCCUACUUGCACCUCAGCAUACUGCGAAUAUUAUGUCUGGUCACAAUAUGUAG